UGGUACAGUGAAUGGAAUUCGUACCAGGGACCAACGCCGCGCCUGGAAUUCGUACCACACGCAGCAUCACAGCGCGCACGGAAAGACGGAACGCAGCGCUCCUCCAGCUGAGCGAAGACAACAAAGGAAAACCAAUUAGUGGUUAAUUUUUUAUUAUUUAUUUAUUGAAAAGAAGAGGGAACCGUUAAUCUCGGCGCCGCUGUUAUUUCUCCGCGCGAUGCUCAAAAUGCACCUGCGACGAUUUUUUGCAGAGAGGAGAUCUUUUGUCCGAGUCGGCCGUGUUUAAUUCAGCAGCAGGAGCGCGCUGCAAAUGCGCGGAUUUCGGCUGGGAGGGAAGUGAAGUGCAGAAGCUGGUGUGACACACCGAGAAAGAGACAACGGGGGGGGGCUGGAGAGCGGCGAGGAGCGGCUUUUUUUCUGCCUCUCCGGAGUGGCUCUGAGCAGGCAGCGUGGCAGGACCAUAAUAAAUAAUCAUAAGAGGAAGAAGAAGAAGAAGAAUCGAGGAGCGUUCGACAGGAGACGCUCCCGAUGAAGGUCCGUGUGUGUGUGUGAGUCGCCCGGUGGAGAGGAGCCCUUCCUUCGCAAGUACAAAGAAAGACCGUGGAAGGAAGAUCUUCAUGGGCACAAGGAGGAGGAGGAGAGCGCUCAUCGUCUGGACACAGCGAGCGCCGCUCCCUCUUCACACCUCCGUCGAUCGCAGUGCCGCCCCGCCACACACACCUUCCACCUGCUGAGCGAGCCGAGCAGAGCCGAGCGGUACCGGUACCAGUACCAGUACCACAGUAUCAGUACCACCGCCGGCUUCCAGCGCUGAACGAGCGGGCGGCGGCGCAGCGCUGCGAGCCCCACCGGCUGUGUGAACGCGCGCAGGGGGUCCCGGGAGCGCCGCGUGGAUGCAGGACCAUGGGCCAGAGAGACAGGUGGCCGGCAGUCUGUCCCACAGUGCCAAGGUGAGCCUGUACCCGGGCGAAGGAGGGGGAGUGGGCUGCGCGGGGGGCUCGCCCACGGGGAAGAUGGGAUGCUGCGGGGUCCCCAUCGAGGACAUGCAGGCGCUGGCCAUCAGCUCCCUGUCCGCCGCCGACGUCCACAAGCACUACGAGCACAUCCGCGAGCUGGGGAAGGGCACCUACGGCAAGGUGGACCUGGUGGUGCACCGCACGCAAGGAACAAAACUGGCUCUGAAGUUCGUGAACAAGAACAAGACCAAGAUGAAGAGCUUCCUGCGCGAGUACAGCAUCACGAGCAACCUCAGCUGCAGCCCCUUCGUCAUCAACGUGCUGGACGUGCUCUUCGAGACCGAGGACAGUUACGUUUUCGGCCAGGAAUACGCACCCGCCGGAGACCUGUUCGACAUCAUCCCCCCCCAGGUGGGUCUUCCAGAGGAGAUGGUGAAGCGCUGCGUCCAGCAGCUGGGGUUGGCGCUCGACUUCAUGCACAGUAAGAGCCUGGUGCACCGUGACGUCAAGCCGGAGAACGUGCUGCUCUUCGACCACGAGUGCCGGCGCGUGAAGCUCGCCGACUUUGGAAUGACGCGCCGGGUGGGCUGUCGGGUGAAGCGCAUCAGCGGGACCAUCCCCUACACGGCGCCCGAGGUGUGCCAGGCCAGCCCCGCCGAGGGCUUCCUGGUGGACUGCAGCCUGGACGUGUGGGCCUUCGGGGUGCUCAUCUUCUGCAUGCUCACCGGAAACUUCCCCUGGGAGGCCGCGCUGCCCUCGGACACCUUCUACGAGGAGUUCUGGCGUUGGCAACGGGGGCCCUGCCGGCCGGGCGUCUUCCCGUCGCAGUGGCGCCGCUUCACGGACGACGCGCUGCGCAUGUUCCAGCGCCUGCUCGCCAUCGAGCCCGAGAAGCGCUGCGCCGUCAAGGACGUUUUCCACUUUAUCAAGUACGAGCUGAUGAGCGUCCCGCGUCGGCGCGCCUCCUGCAGGAACAAGCGGACGGAGCGGGGCGUCGUGGCCACCAGCGGAGGGUCCUCCGGCCCGCGCGCCGCCCACCGGCACCCCGAGCCCUCGACUCCGCCCUCCACCACCUGCCUCCGGCCCGCGCCCCUGAAACGCAGCGUUCCGUCCGACCCCAGCUCCUCGCGCUCGGACGCCGCCCUGCACCAGUCUCCCGGCAGACAGGAGAAGGGCAAAGGUCAGAUGGUCAUGGCUACGGCCAUCGAGAUCUGCGUGUGAGGCUGUGCUCCUCGGCAUGAGCCGCACCAACGCUUGAGGCUCAUGGCUCAUCUCGGACUGACCACAGGACAGCUUUUUUUUUCACGCCAGAAACUGUUGCUUUUCCACACGACGAAAAAUAUAUCCGACUUGUCAAACACCAAGCGAGGCUGCGGUCGUGUCGGUUGGCCUCUCAGUCUGGUGCUGGACCGAUGCCGCAACAACUAGAGAGCAACACCUCCCCGGUCCAGCAGGACGUCUUCACAGCAGGUGCGAGAUCGGCCUCCUUCGGCACGCUUUUGCAGCGGAUCCGCUGUGCUCCCGGUGCCCUCCUGUCGCCCCUCUUCCUGUUCGCGCUCCUGCGCCUCCGCUUUCCCACGGUUCUCUGCGAGGACUUCUAGGGACGAGUUUGAAGCGAGCGAGUCUCCCCUCGCGCCGCGUUCCCUGAGGAGGCCCCGGAUGGUCCUCCCGCGUGAGUCCGUUCCCCGCCGGGGCCGGUGAUGUCAGGGCCGCGCUUUGCACCGCGCUCGGAACCAGCCGCCGAUCCGCAACCGCGGAGACGUUCGCAGGACUACAACCGGUGUGCGUGAGACGAAAACUUCCGACGAGGUUGCGAAACAAGCACCAGAUGCCCGAAAGUAGCAGAGAAGUGAUGGGUGUCUUGUCAUUUUUCUGUUUUGCCCGUGCGUGUGUAUGUGUGUGUGUGUGUGUGUGUGUGUGUCUUUUGUGCGCCUGGCCAGAGGCACUGGACUCUGCAAGUGUAUAAAUGAAAUCUCAGGACUGCGCUCAGGGGCAGACCUCCUGUUCUGGAGCUGUUUUUGGCUUUUUCAACAUCUACCUUUCCUUAAUUACUCUCCAAGGACUUCGACAUGGGACGGCUCCCGUGAAUCCAUCAUCACUGCGAGAGGACCGUCGGGGGGUGGGGGUGGAGGCGGUCGGGGGGGUCAUCUCUUCCUCAGCUGAGUACUCCGGCUGGUACCAUUGUGUUACAGGGGUUUACAUUUAGAGGGGAAGUUUUGUACGUGUGUGUGUGUGUGUGUGUGUGUGUGUGUGUGGAUACGUGUUUGAUAAAUCAGCAAACCGAGUUUUACUAUUGAAAUCUUAGGAAUAAAUGCUAAAGCACAAGCUGUUAGAAUAAGGGAUUGAUGUUGCAUAGAGUUGCUAUUGUUUUACAUCAUCAGUCCCUGCCCCUCCCCUUCGCCGCUUCCCGAAAUAACAAAACCGCGGCAAGUUACUGUGUGUUCUCAGCCUCAGCCCCCACCGCCGCCGAUCAUUUGGCAGACUUGGCGCUGCCUCGCGUGCUCUCGGACGCAGUGGUAUUUUCAUUUUGCAGAACUGUUCCAAAAAAUCUUCUUAAAUCUUUGUUUUAAUAUAAGAGGAUUGCCACAUGAUUUUUUUUUUUUUUUUUUUUUUCUUCUUUCAAUUUUCCACCCCCCCCUUAAACAGAAAAUCUAUUUCCUUUUCUUGCAAUAGCGAGGUACGGGGUCUGCCGGAGUCCAGCACCACGGUAAGUGUUGCGGUCGGGGUGGCGCACAUCUCAGAUCGGCCAGCAGAGUUUGUUUAGCACUUGUAGGGACACGCGUUGACGUUUAAAGUUCUGCUGAACGCUCGUCGGUUGACUUGAUUUCGGCAACUCUCCUACUCCAGCGGAACAGACUGCAGGUUUUUCCCACAAUGCUUUGCACAGGCGUGUCAGAGUUCCUCUGCCAGAGGUUUCUCAGUCAGUCCUACUUGUCUUAAUGUUCAACAUGUGAGUAGUUAGGAAAGGAAGGGAUGGGGGGGAGGGGUGUGGGACAAGGAGAUGGGAUGUCCAUCAGAGACAUGCACUGUAUGUAGCAAAAAAAAAAAGGCGACAUUCUUAUUAAAUCACCUAUUGUACAAAAAGGAUCGAAAGUUUUUUUUUUCGUAGUAGAACUAGACGAAAGGAUCCCUUAAAAUAGGGCAGCGGUUGGGCAGAAGGCGACGGGAGUUUCUACACGUGGAUGCGAUGCCGAGUGUCAGAAUCCGGCUCGUCCGAGCUGUCAUCACUUAGGCAGCCAAUUUCGCACGUCGCGAAGCCUCGACGCCGUCGCUUUCUCGGCUCUCGAGAAGCGGAAAGGAUCGCUUCAUACCUGUCCUCGUUUCCGCUUCACCCGUCUUCCGUUUGGAUGUGUGACUUUCACGCAGCCUCCAUUGCGCUCAUAUCAAGCCGCGACUCUCCCUAGAACACCGUCCAAGUUCUCCCAUGUGCUCCCCGACCCUUGUCCGCUCGCACUCGCACGGGGUUUUAGGAAUAGGUUCUAUUUCUGCCUUAGGCCUCUGUGUUUCCAGAUAGUGCAAUAAUAUA